AUGCUGAUCACUGAUGGUUUAUGGAAACAGUCAGUGAACCUCUCGAUAUGCUUUUCGAGCUCCCGUCAGACAGCUACUGUGGUUACGGUAGAAAUUCGGGAUCGAGGAUCUGGAAAUCGCGGUGAAGCCGCGACCACCUUCGAUCCAUUAUAUCCCGGAUUCGAAAUUGUUCCACUUCGGCCUGUGUACAACGCUAGAACAAAAGAACUGUUGCUAAAGAUAGAUUCUGUCGGAGCACCUGUAGGAUCACAUGUGGAAGUGAUUUUUUAUUGCCUUGGAGACGUAAUGCAAAAGUCGAACAGCACGGAGACACUUGUUGGAAAUGUGCUAAGUUUCGAAAAACCGGAAGAAUGGAAUAAAUGUAACGUGAUUAUGGUAGAGGCAACUCGGAGUAUUGGAACCACAAAGACACGAAAAAAGACGUUAAUGUUGCCGAUGAUAGCAGACCAGUCGGCUCUAGAACCAUCGUGGAUUGAAAUCGAAUCACUUCGAGCUGCCUACUACGUCGGCGAAAGUCUGAAUGUAUCCGUGCAAGGAGGCGUGGCACCACGUUCGUUGAAUUAUGUGGUGCGUGCUACUCUUAUGUGUUUUAUUAUGUUUACAACCACGCAAUAUUGGCUAAUUCCGUAGAA